AUAUAAACCCCCGUCAAUCCCACAUUCUCUCUCAUCCUCUUCGAACGAACCUUCUCCACAUCAACAGCUUUGAGAGAGAAAGAGCUAGAGUGAGAAAGAGUAGCAUCUUAGAGAGAGAAACUAGGGGCUAUAAAUCAAUUCGGAGAAGAUGGCAAUGGCGGUCGAUGUAUACAUUCUGGGGACUUUCUUUGCCUCUUUGCUAGGGUUUGUUUUUCUCUACAUUGUGCGACAUGGGGCCGAGAAACAGAAGAGAAUUGGUAAUCAUAGAGCUACUAGUGACUUUGAGAUCCGAAACGAUUGCGCUCGGAGCUCCACCAACGGUGAAUGUGAGUCCGAUGACGGACCGCAAUCUGACGUCAUCAUUGUCGGAGCCGGCGUCGCCGGUGCCGCCCUCGCUCACACCCUCGGCAAGGAUGGACGUCGGGUUCACGUGAUUGAAAGAGAUUUGACAGAGCCUGAUAGAAUUGUUGGUGAACUACUACAGCCAGGUGGAUACCUCAAGUUAAUUGAAUUGGGUCUUGAAGACUGUGUGGAGGAAAUUGAUGCCCAGAAAGUGCUUGGAUAUGCUCUUUUCAAAGAUGGGAACAAUACAAGACUGUCUUAUCCCUUGGAAAGAUUCCAUUCAGAUGUAGCCGGAAGAAGCUUCCACAAUGGACGAUUCAUACAAAGGAUGAGGGAAAAAGCUGCUAGUCUUCCCAAUGUACGACUAGAGCAAGGAACAGUAACAUCCCUCCUUGAAGAAAAUGGAACUAUAAAGGGGGUUCUGUACAAAACAAAGACUGGUCAAGAACUCAAAACAUAUGCUCCUCUUACAAUUGUUUGUGAUGGAUGCUUCUCAAAUUUGCGUCGCUCUCUUUGCAACCCUAAGGUAGAGGUACCAUCUUGCUUUGUUGGUUUGGUCUUGGAGAACUGUCAACUUCCGUUUGCAAAUCAUGGGCAUGUUAUUUUAGCAGAUCCUUCACCUAUCUUGUUUUAUCCAAUUAGUAGUACCGAAGUUCGCUGUUUGGUUGAUGUACCCGGUCAAAAGGUUCCUUCUAUUGCUAAUGGUGAAAUGGCCAACUAUUUGAAGACCAUGGUUGCUCCCCAGAUUCCAUCCGUACUGCAUGAUGCAUUUAUAGCUGCAAUUGAUAAUGGAAAUAUAAGAACAAUGCCUAACAGGAGCAUGCCGGCAGCGCCCCAUCCUACUCCUGGAGCCCUACUAAUGGGGGAUGCUUUCAACAUGCGUCAUCCUUUGACCGGUGGAGGAAUGACUGUGGCACUAUCUGAUAUUGUUGUGCUACGGGAUCUUCUUAAGCCCCUGCGAGACAUGACUGAUGCAGCUUCCCUAUGCAGAUAUCUUGAAUCCUUUUACACCUUACGUAAGCCUGUGGCUUCCACUAUAAAUACUUUGGCAGGAGCACUGUACAAGGUGUUUUGUGCAUCUCCAGAUCAAGCAAGAAAGGAAAUGCGUCAAGCAUGUUUUGAUUAUCUGAGCCUCGGAGGUGUUUGUUCGACAGGACCUGUGGCUCUACUCUCUGGUUUAAACCCUCGCCCGCUAAGCUUAGUUCUCCACUUCUUUGCUGUGGCUAUAUAUGGUGUUGGUCGUCUUUUAUUACCAUUUCCUUCACCUAAACGCCUAUGGACGGGAGCUAAAUUGAUUUCGGGUGCAUCCGGUAUCAUUUUUCCCAUCAUAAAGGCUGAAGGAGUGAGGCAAAUGUUCUUCCCUGGAACCGUUCCUGCAUAUUAUAGAUCUCCUCCUUGUAAAUGAAUUGCAUGUCAAGGUAAUUUUCGGUUGAAAACAAACUAGUUUCUCCUCUCAGCUACCUGUUCAAAGUGAAAAAAAAAAAAAAAAAAAAGAGAUUGUAUGUUUAGUGCUUCAACUGGGGGAUGCUGGGAAAUAAUUUUUGAAUUUUUGAGACAACUUUUAGCUGGAAAUAGGAUGUAUCAAAAUAUCAUGUAUGAAUGCUAAUUCUCUUACAACUUUAAGAAAGUGUUAUUCCAUAUUGGUACUGUAAAAAUCAGAUGUAAAAUCCUAUUGACAUAUAUAUCUUCAAUGAAAGUCCCUACUGAUUGUGAUA